ACAGGGACCACGGAUGCCCCGCUAGUAUUAGGGCAAUUCAGUAUCUAUCUAUCUAUGUGCAGAUAGCGCACAUCAUGCCGUAUUUUAUUUCCUACUGGAAUAAAUCUGCAAUGACCACCGUCUGGGAAACCCUAUGCCGCUACUUCCCUGCCAUCCACCAAGCCCGAAUGAAGGCCGGUGGCAUCAAUUCCCUAGUAAACAGCCUAUCUAACAGCUUCUUGCUGGAUCUGUCAACAAAUCUAGUAUUCAGUCGUUUCGCUCUCGCUUUCAAAGCAACAGACCGCCCAAACGUCUACAAAACCGUACGAUUCAGCGCGUGUCCAACUAGCCUACUGAUACCCGAUGAAAUCGAGUUCAAGCGAGCAACGGCGCCUGGUUCAGAACAUCUGGAACUACCGAGCAAGGAUCUCCUCGACUGCCACUACCGUCUAGCCCAGAUCCUCAACGCCUGUGGUGAUGAUAUGGCUUUCUUACCUUGUAAACACCGGGAUCAUUGGAAGUACCACAUCAGGUGGAAUGUCGAGGCAAUGCUCGAUGGGGAUGCUGAUCUUAGUGGAUAUUUGGAGACUGCGCUGUGGUCGGGGUAG